GGAGAGGCAGCCAGUCAUUCCCCGUUGUAAAACCAGUGCUGCACGCGCUGCUCUCCCGGCUAUUGUCUCAGCAGCUGAAGGCUCACGUCGUCAGUCAGACGGUAUCACAAUGAAGCGAGUCUGGGUGAUAGGUCUCCUUUUCACACUUUUAGCGUUUGCUGCUGUAAAGGCAGAGGAUGAACUUGACGUUGACGGGACAGUGGAGGAGGACUUGGGCAAAAGCAGGGAUGGCUCCAGAACAGAUGAUGAGGUGGUGCAGAGAGAGGAGGAGGCAAUCCAGCUGGAUGGUUUGAAUGCAGCUCAGAUUAAAGAACUCAGGGAAAAGUCUGAAAAACAUGCAUUUCAGGCUGAAGUUAACCGUAUGAUGAAACUUAUCAUCAAUUCUCUCUACAAGAACAAGGAGAUCUUCCUUAGGGAGCUGAUUUCCAAUGCUUCAGAUGCACUGGAUAAGAUCCGUUUGUUGUCUCUGACCAAUGAGGAUGCAUUGGCCACAAAUGAAGAGCUGACCAUCAAAAUAAAAUCUGACAAGGAGAAGAACAUGCUCCACAUCACUGACACUGGUAUUGGAAUGACUAAGGAGGAGCUGGUAAAGAACUUGGGCACCAUUGCCAAGUCGGGCACAAGCGAAUUCCUCAACAGGAUGACAGAGAUGCAGGAUGAGGGACAGUCUACCUCAGAGCUGAUUGGACAGUUUGGUGUGGGUUUCUACUCUGCUUUCCUUGUUGCUGACAGGGUCAUUGUGUCAUCCAAGCACAAUAAUGACACACAGCACAUCUGGGAGUCUGACUCGAAUCAGUUCUCCGUUAUCGAGGACCCCCGUGGAGACACGUUGGGCAGAGGAACCACCAUCACACUUGUCCUGAAGGAGGAGGCCUCAGACUACCUGGAGCUGGAGACCAUCAAGAACCUUGUCAAGAAAUACUCUCAGUUCAUCAAUUUCCCCAUCUACGUUUGGGCCAGCAAGACUGAGACAGUUGAAGAGCCCAUUGAUGAAGAUGCUGAGGCAGCAGAGGAACCAGAGAAAGAGGCUUCUGAAGAUGAGGCAGAUGUAGAGGAAGAGGAGGAGGACAAAGACAAACCAAAGACAAAGAAGGUUGAGAAGACUGUGUGGGACUGGGAACUGAUGAAUGAUAUCAAGCCCAUCUGGCAGAGGCCUGCUAAAGAGGUUGAGGAAGAUGAGUACAAGGCUUUUUACAAGACCUUCUCAAAGGACAAUGAUGACCCUAUGACACACAUCCACUUCACAGCUGAGGGUGAAGUAACCUUUAAGUCCAUCCUGUUUGUGCCCAGUUCAGCUCCCCGUGGCCUGUUUGACGAAUAUGGCUCCAAGAAGAAUGAUUACAUCAAGCUGUUUGUCAGGAGAGUUUUCAUCACAGACGACUUCAAUGACAUGAUGCCCAAGUACCUGAAUUUCAUCAAGGGAGUGGUUGACUCCGAUGACCUUCCUCUAAAUGUGUCCAGAGAAACUCUGCAGCAGCACAAACUGCUCAAGGUUAUCCGCAAGAAGCUGGUUCGUAAGACUCUGGACAUGAUUAAGAAGAUUGCAGAGGAACAGUACAACGAUAAGUUCUGGAAGGAGUUUGGAACAAACAUCAAGCUGGGUGUCAUUGAGGAUCACUCCAACAGGACCCGUCUCGCCAAGCUGCUGCGCUUCCAGACGUCCAACAGUGACACAGGCCUGUCCAGCCUGGAGCAGUAUGUGGAGCGCAUGAAGGAGAAGCAGGACAAGAUCUACUUUAUGGCUGGCACCAGCAGAAAAGAGGCUGAGUCUUCUCCCUUUGUUGAGAGGCUGCUAAAGAAGGGCUUUGAGGUCAUCUACCUGACAGAGCCUGUGGAUGAGUACUGCAUCCAGGCACUGCCAGAGUUCGAUGGAAAACGCUUCCAGAACGUGGCUAAAGAGGGCAUCACAUUUGUCGAGAGUGAAAAAGCCAAGGAGAAGAGGGAAGCCCUGGAGAAGGAGUUUGAACCUCUCACAACUUGGCUGAAGGACAAAGCUCUGAAGGACAAGAUUGAGAAGGCCGUUCUCUCUCAGAGGCUAACCAACUCACCUUGUGCCUUGGUUGCCAGUCAGUACGGCUGGUCAGGAAACAUGGAGAGGAUCAUGAAGGCACAGGCUUACCAGACAGGAAAGGACAUUUCCACAAGUUAUUAUGCCAGCCAGAAGAAAACACUAGAAAUCAACCCCAAACAUCCCCUUGUGAAGCAGUUGCUUAACAGAGUCAAUGCUGAUGCUGAGGACCAGACUGCAUCAGAUCUGGCUGUGGUUCUGUUUGAGACGGCCACCUUGCGCUCAGGAUACCAGCUUGUCGACACAAAGACUUAUGGAGACAGAAUAGAGCGCAUGCUCCGACUCAGCAUGAAUGUACCCCUAGAUGAACAGGUUGAAGAGGAACCUGAGGAAGAGCCAGAAGAACCAGCAGAAGAGGACUCUGAAGACAAAGAGGAAAUUGCAGAUGAGGAAGAUGAUGAAGAAAUGACAAAAACAGACAAGGAUGAACUGUGAAGCACUGAAGGGAAGCACGUGUAAUAGUGGAGCUGGAAACUGGACUUGUCUUGUUUCAGUGCCACUGUGGUCACAUUAUACUGGGUGGAGUCCCUGGGUUGGGGUUUUUUUAAAAGCAAAUAUUUUGUUUGGUUUUUUUGUUUUUGUAUUACAUUCCUUAUGACUGUAAAUUUGUUAAUAUUUAACUGACCUGUUUAUGGAAAGAUGUGAUCCUGUCUAUUGAUCAAAUAAAUGUUUCGUGGAAAAAUGGCUUGCA